GGCAGCGAGGACGACAAGGAGGAGGGGAGAAGAAGAGAAAAAUUCCUUCCCUGGAUGCUGGUAAAAAUGGCGGCUUGGGGAAGGAGGCGCGGUAACACCGGGAUGAGGGAAAGGGGGCCACUGAAUUCAACAGACUGCUAUAUUGUCCGUGAAAUCUACAAUGGGGAGAAUGCACAGGAACAAUUUGAAUAUGAGCUGGAGCAAGCCUUGGAGACCCAAUACAAGUAUAUUAUUAUCGAGCCAACUCGAAUUGGAGAUGAGACAGCACGUUGGAUCACAGUUGGGAAUUGCUUGCAUAAAACAUCCGUCAUUGCAGGAUCAGUGUGCCUGUUAGCCCCUUUAGCACUGGCUCCAGAAUAUGCUCGUUACAUAACCCUUCCUAUCGGGGCCGUCAGUGUGGCCUGUGCAGCUCUGUAUGGUAUUUCAUGGCAAUUUGAUCCUUGCUGCAAAUACCAAGUGGAAUAUGACACAUGUAAACUCUCCCGAUUACCCCUGAACACACUCACUUCAUCCACGCCCGUGGUUCUGAUUAGAAAAGAUGAUAUUCACCGGAAAAGACUCCACAACACGAUAGCAUUGGCAGCCUUGAUGUACUGUGUUAAGAAAAUUUGUGAGAUCUGUGCAGUAUGAUUGGGACAAAUGGUGCUGUUAUAAUCUACCUAAUAGUACUGUUAAUAUGACAAAUGUGGUCAGUGAAGACUACAGGAACAAGGUCCCAAAUAGAUUUUUAGAAGUAUCUCCCCUUGUACACUGUGGUUUCCAGUCCACAUUUUAGUUUUGCCAAUCCCCAUGACCUUGAAUCACUCUAAAAGACCGUAGUGUAGACCUGACAUUUGAGAAUUCAAUAUAUGCAGAGCUACUGAGUUGUUUCAGGUGAUGAACAGGCAAAUGACUCUGUUACCUUCAUAUUCUGCAAAUUUCUACAAAAAAGGUAUUAUGUGGCUUUUGAGUUCUCCUAUUUUACAGUACAGAAAGAAUUCCCACAAGGGUCCUAAGUAUAUAUACAGAGUUGAACACUUAUAUUUUUAAAAUUUAAGUGAUAGCUUUGGUAGGUCUUGCCAAUUGAUAUUAAUGUAAUUCAGAAACAUUGCUGCAUGUGUAUUAUAAAAUGUGAUCUUCACAUUUGUUUCCUGUGCUAGGCUGCAGCAUUUGAGAUGAAAUAAUUUAACCUGACAUUCAGUUAUUACUUUAAUGGUGCAACUGUAGCAAGUUAGUUCCAAUUGAAAUUGUUACAUUAAAGACAGAAAAUGAAAUUCACUUGCAAAACAUAAAGUUAGUGUGUCUGGAUUUAAUGUGCGAUGACUCCAUCAUUUGUUUCUUUUUAACAUGUGGGUUACCACAAUGUAGUCAUGAAUGCUGAAGUUUUAAAGACUGGUGAGGGAGGUACAGCACCUAAAUGCUGAUCAGUAAGAUUUAAAUUUUGUCAACAGCUCAGGUUUGUCCCCAAUGGUUUAUCAUGAAGAAAAGUCUGAGCUUUGUUCUACCACUUUUCCUCACUGCUGCUGUAAGAAAUAAACAAUUGAAUUGGAGUUGGAAUCUGUGAAAAUGUUUUGAUGUGGUGAAACAGUUUGAAUUCCAAACAAAAUCUGAAAAAGUUUUGAAAUUAGAAUUUGUCUUCUUAUGCAUUCGAAUCUGGUUCUCGUUUCCCUGCAACCAAGCUGUUGCUAUAAUAUGAAGACAUUUUUAAAAAUUUGAUAAUAAAAGGGACCAUUUUCGGAUGUAGUCACAAUGUCACCAAGGUGUCUCAUUUUAAUUUUGGUGACAUUUCCAUCCCAACACAUGGGUCAGUCCUUUUACUGCAUGUUUUUUGAGUAUUUUGUUUUCAUUCCUCCCAGUAAUAUUUCAUUGGAAGCGACAUAAAGUUCUGAAAGGACAAUAUAGAGGAUUGGACAGACCCAAAUUGUGGGUUCCGGUUGUACUUUAGGAUUACAAUGCAAUAUAAGAAAGAAUUGCAUUUAUUUUCCUUAGCUUGUGUAAUUGAACUGGUAUUUAUACAAUGCAUUGAUGAACUUUGUGUGUACAAUGGGAUGAUGGUAUGUGUCUGAUUAAACAUGACGCACUUCAGGCAGAUAGUGUUGGGCAUAUUAUGCAAAUUAUAUUUUAUAGAAGUAACUUUUUUGAAAACUUUAUAGAUUUGUGUAUCUUGGAUCUUCUUAGACAAUCCAAUAAAGAUUAAGAAGAAUUGGUAUUGGAAUUGCUAAAUGACAUUACAAUGACUUAGUUAACUUUAUCCAACAGAUGGUGACGUUUAUGCUUUUGAAUGUGAAAUUAUAUGCAACUCUAUACCCUGAGCUACUGAUAUACUUGAUGUUGGCUGACACUAAAAUUUUUGAUAAAUACCUUUUUAUACCGGAAAUUAACAAAUGCUGAGCAGUCACUUUACUUAUUGCUUGGUGUGUGUUUUCCCAGCAAAGAAGUUAAUAUUUUCUGAAGUGUUUGCCAAGUACAAUCUGAUAUUGAUGCCACUGAAUCCAUUGAUAUGACAAAAUUAAAAGUUUUUUUUCUAUAUUUAGACACAUUGAGUGACAUGAAAGAAGGGCAUUCUGCAAAAUUAUCACUAAAUUUUGGCCAUUGUAUCUAUAUUGCUAAUGGUCAGCCUCGGCAUUUGUGACAUUCAUUCUCGUCCUAUUUCCCCCUUGCUCUCAUUUUUGCUUCUCCCUUUUUUCAUGCCAUUCUUACUUUGUACCCUCUCUCCAGGAAAAUUGAUUUGUAUGGCAUAUUUCAAUAUUGAAAGGAUCACGUCCCAUUCUUUACACACACCCCCAGGUGAGGUGAACAAUAGUGCUUUUCCAAGACUGAUUUUCAUCACCAGUACUAAAAGUAAAAUGAAGGCAAGAGAUAACAGAAAUUAUCUUUAUGCCAAUCAGUGAAUUUACUUCAUUUACUUGAGUCAUUUAUGUCAUUUUCUUGGUAAGUUCUUCUUUGCAUAUACCCCUUUACACCCUCGCCUCUGAGUCAUAGCAACUUAUUCACCAGGAGCCAGUAUUAUUUCAAUUACUGCCUUAAUUAAUAUUUGAAAUGUUCAACAUUUUCUAAACAAUACACCAUUGUCGUCUUUUAGACUUAAUAUGCUAAGUGCACAUUCAAUAUUUGUAAGGCAGUGGAAGCAAAUUAUGCAGCUGCCAAUGUAGUAAUAUAUACACCUAACUGUAAUAUUCCAAGUUUAACAAUUGUACUAUUAAAAUUUGGAACCGCGGGCUAAAGGACAAUGUAUGUUGAGGUUUUCUGUAUCCUGUUGAUUUGCCAGUGUUCCCAUCAGUUUUCCCAUAAAUACUUUAAUACGCUGGCUCACUUUUUGACAAAAUAGUUUUCCACAAUACAUUCUGUGAGCAACACAGUAUAUUUUUAAAAUUGGUUGCUCAUUCAAGGGGCCAGUGUCUUUUUCAAAAGACCUUUGACUAUGUCUGUUUUAUUACAAAAGGGCACAAUGACAUGAAAUGCAUUGAAGUAAAAAAUUGCAUAAUGUCUAUGCCUUGAGGUGAAAAUAAUAUGUGGUUGCUGUGACUGCACCACUCCCCAGCCAAGAAAUUGAAGAGAUGAUUGUGCCCCCUAGACAGUUUCAGUAUUCUUUCUCAUGUUUUGAAAUGUUUCUACUUUGCUAUUCUGUUAAAGUCUCUGCAUCUGCCAAAUUAGCUUACCUAGGUUUGUUAAAGUAUUGCAUUUCUUAGUGUUAAAUUG